AUGGACUCUACUUUCACCUUCGACUUCUCCGACGCCACCAGUGACGAAGUCGACGCCUCCAACAAACGCCCCCGCACUGAAGGAGACCCCAACCCACGCAGGAGCCCCGUCGAACAAGACCGAGUAGCCCAGCGUAAGAAACCCGCCGCGUCAUCCACGCAACAAGGGCUCUCCUCCACGAUCCUCCGCAUCACACUUCCCUUGCCAAGGACGCCGACUACCACGAUGGCCCUCGCCUCAUCACGCUACGACUCCGGGGAUUUCGAGGGUCUUCUGGCAGCCGUCGGCGAGAACCCCCACAGGCAGCUCACUCGACGGGGGGAGCCGCCCCUCGCUCCGACUAACCUAGCACAGCUAGGCAUUCCGGACAAGAUCUUUCCGCAUGUGCAUGUCCCGACGUUCCGCAUCUUCGGGAACGUGAUUGAGGACCAAGUCCGACGAGUGCGCGAGAUCGCCAACCCGAAGGUCGCGAUUGUCGUCCAUGGCGGUGGUCAAGACAUCAACACCACAGGGGGACCACUUCGCGAUAAAAUCACGAAGCUCCUCUCCGACCUCUCGUUCCCCCCAUCCAAAAACCAACAGAUGCCGAUCGACAACGCAGAGGCCGCCGCGACAACCUUACCCUCUACCCAGAUUCGGAUCUAUCUGGCCCAGGUGCGCACACCAAAAAAGUCGAAUACCUUCGGACAGCCGUGGACGUGGUUCGCGGACCUAGGCCCCGACGCUGAGUGGUUGCGUCAAUGGCUCCUCUAUCAGGAGGUCUUCCCCAUCACCCCCACGCUGUCGUUCUCCGUGCAUCCGCUGGACGAACUCAUCCAGCCGUACGCAGUCGAAGAUACUCCGCAGGCCUGCCAGCAGUUCGCCAAGGAGAUCAAAGACUAUGUCUGGAAGGACAGGGACUUCACAGUCUCCACAGCGCACCAAGUCGAGGCGAACUGGGGUCUCCAUGGCGAUCCAGCCACCCUCCUCAAACUCGUGACGAACACGAUCAAUGUCGUCUGCGUCACGGCGGAGCUGAAGACCUCGCGAAAGGAGGUCCCCGCAUACCUCGUCUAUAUCAAGCCCGUGACGAACGAUACCACGGCGUACCUGAAGUGGGCGAAGAAGUUCACCAAGACCGAAGUGUACUGGAGGGGUCCGUGCAUGCUAGAGGUCGACAAGGCGUCCGUGGACUGCAAACUGUGCAAGGACACCUCGCACUGUGCUCAUGAGUGCCCCCUAAACGUCGAAGGCUGGAAGGGUACCGCUGUGAAAGAUAUCUAUACGAGACAGGAGCUGGAGGCCCGCACCGCUGGAGCCUCCACCGCCGAGGAGGAAACGGCGGGGCAAGACUGGCAGCAGGUGAAGGCGAGGAGAGCCGAGCGGGACUCUCGCCCGCCCAAAUCUGCAAAAGCUACACAGCGUAAUCGCCGCCCCACGGACCACAAGGGCAAGGGCAGGGAUGACCGCCGUUGA